AAGAGGUUGGUUGGGGAGUGAGAAGGGCGUCUGGUCUGCAAUGGCUCACCAACCCACCUAUCCCCACACCUAAAUAUUAAUUCCAAUCUCUCUCUCCCUCUUUCUCUCUCUCUAUCUCUCAAUCUACUGCGAACCCAAUUCAUCAGUCUUUACUUACAAACCAACCACCCUCUCUGUCUCUCUCUGUGCAAAGCCCUCGAAGAAAGAAGAAAGAAGGGAAGGUUUUGGAGGGGUUAGAAGGCCCAUCAUAGGUCUCUGUCUUCGAAUUAUUCCCCCGUCAAAGCUGUUUAUCUCUAUCUUUCUCGCAAAUGGGUGGCGACGGCAAGGUUUUUAAUUUGGCCGAGGUGUCGGAGCACAACAACGCCAAGGACUGCUGGCUUGUCAUCGGCGGCAAGGUAUAUGAUGUAACAAAGUUUCUGGAGGACCAUCCAGGUGGUGAUGAGGUUUUGUUGUCUGCAACAGGGAAGGAUGCAACUGAUGAUUUUGAGGAUGUUGGCCACAGUAGCACUGCUAGAGCCAUGAUGGAUGAAUUCUUUGUUGGUGAGAUUGAUUCGUCUACCAUCCCCACCAAGAUGCAGUACACUCCUCCCAAGCAACCUCACUACAACCAGGACAAGACCUCCGAAUUCAUCAUCAAGCUACUUCAGUUCUUUGUUCCCCUUGUCAUCUUGGGCGUGGCCAUUGGCAUCCGUUUCUAUACCAAAGCAGCUUAAACUGAUCAAGCUUGGGCAAGGCAACUGGAAUGCCAUCCAUAAUAAGUCUAUUACAUUAGUCGUCGAAGAACUCCACACCCUUCUUCCCCCUGCCCCCUGCCCCCUGCCCCUGUUCUUGCGAACCAAACAAAACUUUUACUGUUCUGGACAUUGUAGGUUGUUUGGCUGUUACUUGGGUAUUGACUGUCCUUGUUUACCCUGUUCACAUAGUUUUGCAGAUUUCGGAUUGGCUUUCUCAUGCUGUUUUGCCAAGGGAAGUCACCUUGUUCAUGGUUUUUGCAUGAUAUAAUCUCAUGAAUUUGGAUCAAUUUACAGGAACCAAAGUUGUGGAUGGAUGGAUUGAUUAAAAGUUCUCUUUUC